AUGAAUCACAUUUAACAAGACUUUAUUUAGAAAAUAAUGAAAUAAUAGUAGCAAGAAAAACACUAAUAAGUUAAAUAGGAAGAGAAUGGUUAGAAGCAAAAUAUUUAAGUACAAUAUUUCUCAUAAUUUGUUUAGUAUUUGCAGAAAUAAUAACUUCUCUCCAUAAUUCAGAAAUGCCAAUAACAAUAAUAACCAAUUUAGCAAGCAACGAAGUUCCCUUCCUUAAUUGAAGUUUAAAAUUAAGUGACAUCAUACUUUUAGUAAAUAAUUCUGUAGAAGCAAAUAAUCAAUAUAAAUAAUGUAUUUGAUUAACAAUUGCCAUAUUUCUUACAAAUUAUGGGAAAUUUAAUAAUCUACGGACUUGAAAAUUGUUCAGGAGAAAAGGAAAUUGUUUAAGAGAUUAUAGCAUAAUAUAAAUCCAAUCCUCUUAAAAUUACAAUGAGUUGUUCUUUAUUCUAGACUAUAGGGCUCUUGUUUCGUUCCUAAUUAGUAUAUUAUGACUAAUGUACGAAAUAUCUUUCAAAUUUUUUGUUGUUCCGUGACGAAUUUUGUGACAUCUUCUUCAAUACAUUAUACAGUUACCAAAUGACUCAUGGUUAAACAUUUAGUCAAUAGAUUGGAUUUACUUAGAUUCAUUAAAUGAUCUAGAAAACUUAAGAAGAUGUGUGGACAGCAUUUAUAUUUAAAAUGAUGAGUUAAUAAUAAUAGAAAAUGACUAAAGAUAUGUUUUUAUUACAGUUCAAUUAGUACACUGUAUUAAUGAAUAAUUUCUUUACUAAGAGUAAUCUCAUUAUGGAUUUAGUCGCUUAGAGUGUUAAAUAGACCUCAAAAUUGCAUAAUGAUCAAAUAUUUUAGGAAUAUUUGUUGAUUAUGGGUAGCUUUAAGGCUACGACUUAAGAUUUUUUAAAGAAGGCCACUUAGGUAUUCUUUGAAGAAUCAAAUGAUCUUGAUUUAUUGUAAUUUAGCAGUAAUAUCAUAAAAAUCCAUAAGCAAAUGAAUUGUCAAAUCUUAUUUAUUUUACCGAUGUUAUUUUAAUUGGAGAGUUAAUACUUAGACCAUCUUGUUUAGAAUGGAAUUUAAGAUUAAUAACCAGUUAAGAAUAGUUCAAAUUAUUAUUUAAAGAUGAUCGAGAAAUUAAAAAAUAAAUGUGUCUAUAAUGGAGAAGAAGAAUGCGAUUGCAAGAAAUGCUAGUGUAUAAGAAGGAAUAGAAACUCAGCAAAAGAGUCUUAAAAAAAGAAGAGAGAGGCACUAGAAAAAAUAGGUCCUUUGUAGGAUGAAUAUGAUAAAAUUAAAAAGAAAGUUUAAUCACUUGAAAAAGAAAAUUAAGUUAUUACAAAAUUAUUAUUGGAUGUUUUUAGACACCCAUCUCUGGAAAAAUUGGCAUCUUAAUUCAUUGAGCCUCUCACUAAAAUUAUAGCUGAUCAAGAAUUCUAUAAUAUUGACGAAUGUUGA